AUGUUCAAGCCAGGAGGCACAGGUUUUCGUGGUCACUACACGACCGAGCGCUUGGUGCGUGAGGGCCACAAUGUAACGGUUGUCAGCAGAGGCGCCAAGUACUGGGACGUCUUCGAUCGCAUCGCACCCCAUGUGACCCACUGGAGAUGCAAUCGCACGCUUUCCAGGGAGCACGGCGGAGGAGUGCUUCCAAAGUCGUCUGGGCUGGUGAACUGCACGGAUCUCGUCAAGUCAGAUGUAUCCUUCGAUGCCGUGGUAGACUUCUCAACUCGCACUCUGGACGAAAUGAAGCAGGCCAUUGAGGUCUUCCGAGACCGGGUUCUGUUUUAUGUUUUCAUCUCGUCCCACGCUGUUUAUGACGUGUCCAAGAACCGAACCCACCAGGAGCCGUUUCUCUUAGAGUCCGACGCCGUGCGGCCUGGACGGGAGAUAUCGCCACUGGACCGGUGGAACCUGAAGGGGCGGAGCACGCGGGGUGACAACGAGCUGGAGUGCGAAGAAGAGCUCCUAAAGCAGUACAAUGCCGGUGGCUUUCCUUAUGUCACGCUCCGGCUGGGGAACGUCUUCGGGCCCAAGGAGAAUACCAUUCGCUAUUGGUUGCUGCACCUCUGGGUCAAGGCUUGCGUGGCGUUGACUCUUCCGUUACAUGUAGACACCAGCCUCGUAAGCACUCGUAUCAGCAUGACGUACACUCCGGACAUUGCGGAGGCUGUCGUGCGUGCAAUUGCACGCGGCCUGAACGAGACAUGCUGCCCGGAGAAAGUGCAUGGAGAGGCCUUCAACUUGGCCUGUGAGGAAAUGCCGACGCAGAGAGAAUUGUACAACUACAUCGGAGAGCCUGCAGGGGUGCCUUACGUGGAAACCAUCGAGACUCCCCGCAAUCAUUCUGUGGUCCUCUACCCGGACAACCUGGGUGGCCCAAUCAGUGUGACAAAGGCGCAGGAAGUCUUGCGGUGGUCCCCAACAGGGCUCAGCAAAGCACUCAGGUCGGUGGCUCGUUUCUACGAGCGAAUCAUGCUCGAAGGAAAGAAGCACAAGGGACAGAUCGAAUUCAUGUACCGAAAGAUGAAAGCCAUGCUUGGCGGAGAUGGACCGCGCUUCGUGGAGUGGACGAGAGCGCAGUAUGCAGAGCGCCGAAAAACGGAGCUGUACGAUGAAUUGGACGACGAGGAUGAGGAUGAAAUCAUCCUCGCAAGGAGCGACUCGAAGCGUCCCGGCAAAGGAGGGCAGGACGCCUACACUGUCGUCUUUGACAACAGCUCGUGCAACGUGUUCGCGGUAUUUCUAGCGGUUCUGGUAGUGUGGACUUCCUUUGAGUUUUUCUUCUACCGCGCCGUUUGGUACAGUGGGCCUGUGCAGUUACUCCGCCUAGUCUGGCUCAGGCAGUUAUAUCACCACUUCAAUGGACCACUGCUCCUGUAG